CGUGCCGGAACGUUGUGUCGGGUCGUUCUCUGUGCGCAGCGCACAGCACAGCGUAUAUUAAGUUAGAUUAUAACACAUUGAUUCCAGGAACUUCAAGUUCAAUGGCAGGCAAACAAUUGCAUUCCCUGCCGCUACCCGGCACACAUUUGUCCACGAAACGCACGACAACCACAGCAGCCCCAGCCACAGCAUCCACAUCCAGUCCACUGAAAUAUGCACCCAAAAUAACGGUAACAAAUACAGAUCCCAACGGCACGGCAACAACAACGAAAACAAAACCAGCAAUAGCAAAGACGAAAGCAAUUUGUGAGCCUAAAUCACCCGAUAUGACUUUAGCCCGGAAAAGCUUAACCUCAAUGUCCGAUGAGGAGAUCAUACAGGAGAAUCUGAAGGAAUUAAUGGAUAUUAAAUCGAGAGAGGAACGUAAAGCGAAUGGACGUCUGGUGGCCGUGAUUGUGGCCUUCUUGGUAAUCUUCAUGACUAUAUAUCAUGCUUGGAUGCGCAAUACUAAGACUAAAGGACUUACCGGUGUGCUGGUGCCUGCUGGCAUAAUGCUCUCAUAUGGAGCUUGGGUAGUGCUCCUAGCCAAGCGGGACAAGCGUCGAGCUCAAUUUGAUCAACGUAUCGAGGAGGUGGUGCUAAAGAAUAAAUCCGAGCUGGGAGAGAAACAUAUGCGCUUAAAACAGGAGGAGCAACGGGAAAGUAGCAGUGCCUCAAGCAGUCUACAAAUUGUAAACGAGCUAACCGCUCAUCCAGAGCAGCGCAAAAAGCAGCGACGCAAUAAGCAACGUCACAGAGCUGCUGCAGCAGCAGGAACAAGUCUAACAGCUGAUGUUCAGGUGCAUCAGAAUACAGUCAAAAGACCAAGCUUUCGACAAAAACUCUUUGGUCAGACUAUAGCGCAUGUGAAGUUGGUGGAAGCGCAGUGUGAUAGCGAGGAUUCGCAUGGUUCUUCAGCAGGUUCCCCCUCAACUAAAGAUGCUGCGCAGCGGGAACUAAAAGAUAAACGCAAAAGAUUGCAACGCUUGGAUACGUUGGCCAUGCCACAGGUGGUGCGUAUGAGCUCCGCGCCAUAACAAACAUUUAAAUAUAUCGGUCUGGGGAUCGGUGGGGGUGCCAAA